CUCACUCAUUCUGUCCUCUGACUUUAGUGCAGCUGCUGUAUGAGGACAGUAAUCCUGAAAUAAACAAACGUAUUAUUAUUAUUAUUAUUAUUUACUUAUUUGUUUUUUCUUCUGUGGAGUUUUUGCUUGUUUGUGAGCUGCAGCCAUGAUCAGCCGUAACUUCAAGAACGUGCUGGUGGUCUCCAUCGGCUUCCUGUCUCUGUUCACGGCGUACGGAGGCCUGCAGAGUUUACAGAGCAGUCUGAAUGCGGAGGAGGGGAUGGGCGUGGCGUCUCUCAGCGUCAUCUACGCCUCCAUCAUCAUCUCCUCCAUGUUCCUGCCGCCCCUCAUGAUAAAGAACCUGGGCUGUAAAUGGACCAUCGUGGCCGGCAUGGCCUGCUACGUGUCCUACUCCUUCGGAAACCUCUACCCCGGAUGGUACACCCUGAUCCCCACCUCGGUGGUCCUGGGUCUGGGUGGCUCCCCCCUCUGGUCGGCUAAGUGCACCUACCUCACCAUCUCUGGGAACGUGCAGGCGGCUCGCGACGGCAACAAAGGCUCCGACGUCAUCAACCAGUACUUCGGCAUCUUCUUCUUCAUCUUCCAGUCGUCGGCGGUGUGGGGGAACCUCAUGUCCUCGCUCAUCUUCAGACAGGACACCAACAUAGCUAUAAUCCCAGAGGAGCAGCUGAAGACUUGUGGAGCGGCAGACUGCGGCCUCGUCAUCGGCAGCAGCAGCAACACCACCAGACCGGCUGAGACGCUGGUGGUGACGCUGGUCGGCUGUUACAUCGGUGUGGGCGUGCUGGCCAUGCUCAUCGUGGCCAUAUUUCUGGACAACAUCGACCGCGAGCAGUCCAGUCAGUUCCGCGGGAACCGGGAGCCGUUCUGCCACACGUUCCUCGCCACGUUCAGGCUGCUGAAGGACUGGAGGCUGGUGACCCUCAUCCCCCUCACCAUGUACAGCGGCUUCGAGCAGAGCUUCCUCUCUGGCGAGUACACCAAGAACUACGUGACCUGUGCUUUGGGGAUCCACUUCGUCGGCUAUGUGAUGAUGUGUUUCGGAGCCGCUAACUCUCUUUGCUCCUUUCUCUUCGGGAGACUCGCUCGAUACACCGGGAGAGCUGCACUCUUUUUCUUCGCUGCUGUGACCAACUUCGCCUGCAUCAUCGCGCUCUUAUACUGGCGGCCUCAUCCCGACGACCUGCCCGUCUUCUUCGUGUUUCCGGCUCUGUGGGGGAUGGCCGACGCCAUCUGGCAAACUCAGACCAACGCUCUGUACGGCGUCCUCUUCCCGCGGGACAAAGAAGCAGCGUUCGCCAACUACCGCAUGUGGGAGUCGCUGGGCUUCGUGAUCGCCUUCGCCUACAGCACCUUCCUGUGUCUGGAGUACAAACUGUACAUCCUGCUGGCCGUGCUGGUGCUCACCGUCAUCACCUACCCCAUCGUGGAGUACCGCGAACACAAGAACCCCACGCCGCCCGUCGACGAGGGCAGCUACCUGACCAACGGGGAAAACAAGACCAUGGAUAAAAACAUCAUCUGUCAGACACAAAUGUAGAGACUCAAUUUCAUGUGUUGUUUUGUUUGUUUUGCAUCCUGCCUGCUCACUCAACUGCAAAUUAAAUGUUUAUUAUUUUGGCAAGUCCUUUUUCAUGACAGCAUGUCAGGGCCAUUGUAGAUUUAAAAAAAAAGUUUAGUUUUUCUCAAAAAUGUCUGUAAAAUCUUUUUUUUCCCCUCAUACAUUUGAAAGUAUAUUCUUGUAUUUUAUCAGAUUUUUUAAAUUAUUAUUUUAUUUUUACAAAUCCAAGAAUUAAAUCAUAGACUUAUGAGAAAAAACCCUUAAUACACUGUUCUUUAUGUAGCUAAAUAUACAGGUUAAAUACAGAUUUUGCACUAAGUAAAUGUUGAACUAUUUGUCGGAAACAAUUAACACAUAAAUUGCCUUUUUUUAGUGCUUUUUAUUUUAUUUUAUCUGAAUGUAUAUGUACAUGGUGUUGUAGCCUGCGGCUCUCCUGUGUGGAGUUUGUAUGCAAAAAUCCUGAGUUAAAGUUAGAAAUUUUUCAUAUAUUUUGACUUAUGCAAGAAAUAAAAUAUCUCGUUUACGUUGAACACAGACAAGAUAAAUUACGUACUCAUGAAAAGUUUAAAAUGUGGUUUACGCUUCCUCCUCGCCUCAUGGUCGGACGUUUUUACUAAAAAAGGGGCGUGGCUCUACUACCACGCUUUUUAAAUGAAGUGGACGGCUGUGAUUGGCUGACAGACAUCCAAUCAAAUGAGUUUGUGCACUUUAGUGGCGUCACAUGACAGAAACAAUAGAUCGAGACAACCUAGAAAAGUAAUGGGCAUUGAAAUAAAUAAUGGAUGUCAACUGUCUCAAAAUUUCGGUAAUAGUAAUUCAUAAUAAUAAUAAAAAUAUUUUUUAUAUAAUUCAUACUGUAAAAAAAUUAUAUUGAAUUUACAUUUUUUUCUGGAGUUUUGUUUUUUUAAUUUAUUGUAUGUAUAAUGAUAACUGUAUAAUACCUUGUUUUUUGGAACAAGUUAUUGUGUUGAAAUAAAUUAUUAAAAUGAUUAAAAACAUUUUAAGUAAAACUGUUUCAAAUGAUCAAAUUCUGAUUGUUUACAUUAGGAUCUGGACUCAGAUUCUGUGUGUUCCUCUUCUGUAAUCCUGUUUUUGCAUUAAACAACAUAAACGACAGCAUCAUCUGCAAACUUGUUCAGAUAAAAAAAAUAUAAAUAUAUAUAUAUAAAAUUUCAGGGUAAUAAAGAACCAACAGGGACAACAUGCUGCAUUUCAAAUGGUGCUUUUAUUGCAAUGUGUUGCAUUCCCACAUUCAUAGAUGUUAUAGAUUUGUUAGUCAAAGCAUCAUUUCCUCAAGGUUGGCAUCCUCACCUUGGAAAAAAAAAAAAAAAAGCAGAGGGAUCAAAUACACGAGGUGUUUGUGUUUUGAGUGUAGUAGAGAAGUGUGUGUGUGUAAACUUGAGCAGCCACGAACAUAUGAAUGAACAAACCUCCAAAAUUUAGACUUCCAGUAGAUGCAAAUAAAAGAGUUUUUUUAAAACAAAAAGAAAACAAAGAAGA